AUGGUGACGGACUUGAUGAAGGACAUGGUGAGGGACUUUAUGACGGACAUGGUGACGGACUUGAUGACGGACAUGGUGACGGACUUGAUGACAGACAUGGUGACGGAUUUGAUGAUGGACAUGGUGACGGACAUGGUGACGGACUUGAUGACGGACAUGGUGACGGACUUGAUGACGGACAUGGUGACGGACUUGAUGACGGACAUGGUGACCGACUUGAUGACGGACAUGGUGACGGACUUGAUGAAGGACAUGGUGACGGACUUGAUGACGGACUUGAUGACGGACAUGGUGACGGACUUGAUGACGGACAUGGUGACGGACUUGAUGAAGGACAUGGUGACGGACUUGAUGACGGACAUGGUGACGGACUUGAUGACGGACAUGGUGAUGGACUUGAUGAAGGACAUGGUGACGGACUUGAUGAGGGACAUGGUGACGGACUUGAUGAAGGACAUGGUGAGGGACUUUAUGACGGACAUGGUGACGGACUUGAUGACGGACAUGGUGACGGACUUGAUGACGGACAUGGUGACGGAUUUGAUGAUGGACAUGGUGACGGACAUGGUGACGGACUUGAUGAUGGACUUGAUGAGGGACAUGGUGACGGACUUGAUGAAGGACAUGGUGACGGACUUGAUGACGGACUUGAUGACGGACAUGGUGACGGACUUGAUGACGGACAUGGUGACGGACUUGAUGACGGACAUGGUGACGGACUUGAUGACGGACAUGGUGACGGAUUUGAUGACAGACAUGGUGACGGACUUGAUGAUGGACAUGGUGACGGACACUGUCUAG